AACCGAAACACACUUCGUUUUCAACGAGAUAUAGCGAUAGUUAUCACUUGUAUUGUUUGUGCGUGUUUUAAAUAUGCACAUUCUCAACUAAGCAAACAGGUCUAGGUUUUUAAGUUUUUCUUUAGAGAUAGAAAAUAUAUACCAGCCAAGCCAAGGAUACAACUGUUUGUUCAAUUUCUUACAUUAGGGUUUUGUGGAUUCUAUUAGCAGCUACUAGGGAGUUGUUUAGAUCUACAUUUUGAUAUUGUUUCUAAUCGUUCUUGUUAAUUACAGUAAUAUAAACAAAACUCGUUUCAAUUGAAAAACUAAAAGUUAUAAUAAAAAGAAAAUAUUGAAAACUUAGGAAUUGAGAAAGAGAAGAAGCAACUAUCGGCAAGUGGAUCUAUGGCAGCAAUUUACAGUCUGUACAUCAUCAACAAAUCAGGGGGUCUCAUCUUCUACAAGGAUUAUGGAUUGCAAGGAAGAAUGGACACGAAUGAUAGCUUGAGAUUGGCCAGUUUGUGGCAUUCAAUGCACGCAAUCUCUCAGCAACUCUCCCCCAUUCAGGGAUGCUCUGGUAUCGAACUUCUUGAAGCGGAUACGUUUGAUCUCCAUUGCUUUCAGUCUCUUACUGGGACAAAGUUUUUCGUGGUAUCUGAGCCGGGCACACAAAAUAUGGAGAAUCUGUUGAAACAUAUUUAUGAACUCUACACGGAUUAUGUUCUGAAGAAUCCGUUCUAUGAGAUGGAGAUGCCAAUACGGUGUGAGCUUUUCGAUAUCAACUUGGCACAAGCAGUACAAAAGGAGCGUGUUUCAUAUCUUGGGCGAUGAAACAAAUGUUUUACAAACAAACCCGUACCCGUUUGAGCAGUUGUUUGUUUGUUAAGUGAUGUUAUUACUUUCCCAGAUAUCUUUUGAAUAUGUUUCCUAAAUAAACAUGUGUUUCUUUGGCAAA